AUGAAAGAAAUCAUAUGUUUACAUGUUGGUCAAGCUGGUUGUCAAAUAGGUCAUGCUUGUUGGGAAUUAUUUUGUCUUGAACAUGGUAUUCAACCUGAUGGAACAUUAUCAUUAAAUGAUACUGAUCAAUCAAUAUUAACAUUUUUUGAAGAUAUUGGACAUAAAUAUACACCACGUAUGCUUUAUAUUGAUUUAGAAACAACAGUUCUUGAUGAAGUACGUACUGGUACAUAUAGACAAUUAUUUCAUCCUGAUAGAAUUAUAUCUGGUAAAGAAGAUGCUGCAUCAAAUUAUGCUCGAGGUUAUUUUACUAUUGGAAAUGAACUUAUUAAUCAUGUACUUGAUCAAAUACGUCGUUUAACUAAUCAAUGUCAUUCAUUACAAGGAUUUAUUAUUUUUCAUAGUUUUGGUGGUGGUACUGGUUCUGGUUUUACAUCUCUUCUUAUGGAACAUUUAAAUAUUGAUUAUAAUAAAAAAACACAUUUUGAAUUUGCUGUUUUUCCAUCACCUAAAUUAUCAACAAUUAUUACUGAACCAUAUAAUACAGUAUUAAAUACUCAUAUUGGUUUAGAAUAUGCUGAUUGUGUAUUUAUUGUUGAUAAUGAAGCUUUAUGGGAUAUUUGUACAAAUUUACUUGAUAUAAAAAAAGCUAAUUUUGUUAAUAUUAAUCGUCUUAUAUCUCAAGUUAUAUCAAAUAUAACAGCUGGAAAUCGUUUUAAAAAUGAAAAUACAACAAAUUUUAUUGAAUUUCAAACAAAUCUUAUACCAUUUCCACGUAUUCAUUUUCCUUUAGUUAGUUAUGCACCUAUAUAUUCAAUUGAAAAAGUUUAUCAUGAACAAAAUGAUAUACAAACAUUAACACAAGAUUUAUUUCAUCGAAAUAAUCAAAUGAUUAAAGUUGAACCAUCAAAAGGAAAAUAUAUGUCUAUUGCAAUUCUAUAUCGAGGUUCCGUAUCACCAAUAGAUGUUAAUUAUACAAUUAAUAAAUUAAAAAAUGAUAGAAAAAUUUCAUUUGUUGAUUGGUGUCCGAGUGGAUUCAAAAUUGCUACAAGUCCACCAAUAUAUGUUCCUGGUGGUGAUCUUGCACCAGUUAAAUAUUCUGCUGUUAGUUUAGCAAAUUCAACAGCUUUAAUUGAUGCAUGGUCUCGAAUAAAUUAUAAAUUUGAUCUUAUGUAUUCAAAACGAGCUUUCGUUCAUUGGUAUAUUAGUGAAGGAAUGGAAGAAAAUGAAUUUAAUGAAGCUCGAGAAAAUUUAGCUGCUCUUGAAAAAGAUUAUAUUGAAGCAGGACAUGAUUCAAUACAAUUUGAUUCAAUUCGAUCUAGUCAAGAAGAAUAA